AUGGAAUACUGUGAAACAGGCGGUUCUGUAAUGGCUAUAGCACCACAGCCUUCAGUUACGAGCAGUGUAGCCCCCCUACUCUCCAACCCCUCCUCCGUCCCAACGGUGCCCAACGGUUACGCCGGACAGUCAUCUUCAUCGUUAGGUGUCGAGACUGAUGACUCGACUUCCUCAGAUGAACGGGCUGCUGAUCCUUUCAAUCCCGAUUCAUCGGUGAGUGACAAUGACGGUGACGACAAGGUCGAUGCGGAGAGCCCCAAAAGCUCUCCAGUUCUCGUCGAUCGCCCACGAGCAUCGUUUGGGUCUGCUCCACACCCAGCUCCAUCGGACGGAUCAUCGACAACACCUCUAUCACAGCUGCCGUUCACUUCAUCCGAACACAACAUGCGGUCUACCGCGGACACUGAGACAUCUAGCUCGGCACAAGACAUUCCCUCCAUGGUGAAACGGCCGAGUCAAAUGUCUCCAGAACAAGACCGAGGCUCCAGCCGUUCCAAGGACAGGAAACCUCCGCCGCCGCCGAGAAGCCAUCAUGGGAAGCGAAUUGGUGUUGCAGGCAAUAAAGCUUCUCUCUCGCACGCCGCACCUUCUCGACCGAAUAACCGCCAUUCCUACCAUGCCUCCUCCCCAGAGAGCUUGACCUCUGCAGGAGCAUCAGGCACUCCCAAUGCCAGCUCGGUCUCUAAUCGGCCAGCAGCGGACUACUUCUCGGUUCAUUCAGAACCCCAGAGGGCGACUGAUUCAACAGAAUCGCUCCAUCGAAGCAAUUCCCAACCAAAGCGACCACCCACGCCGCCCCUCAGCCGACGCCACAGCCAAAUGCGGCGGUCAAAGUCUACACAGUCAAAAUCCAGUGGCAGUCGAUUAACCAUGUCAUCGCUUGAUUCAGAAAGUAGCGAUAGCUCUCAGCCUCCGAGCCCGGGUCCAUCUACUCGUUCCAUGGCCUCGUCGGCGUCUGUGGACCGCAAGCGCAUCAGCAUCCCCCCUCCCUCCGGGGAGCUUCGAUCUGGGGUUGCAGACUCUCUAUCAUCUCCCCCAAGCUCAAGUUCCAACAAUACUGGACGGCGUGCCUCAUCGUAUGGUAGUAUAGGGACGGGCACCCCGUCCACGGCACCUCCCCCACCACCGCCUCGUCGGGGACGAGAGUCGAGCACCCGAAGCAGUGACGGAAGUACAUCGAAGAUGACUACAGAAAAUGUCCCUUUGCCACAACCAUCCAAUGCACAAGAUAUAUUGGCAGAUCUUUCGCGAUUACAGAAAGAGGUGGAUGAUCUUCGAGGGCACUACGAAAGUCGUAAGGCCAGUGAUUGA